GCCGCCUCAGCCGCCAUCGCCAGGGCCGCGGCCAUGGCCGCCGUGACGGAGGGAACCCCCGGGGCCGUGCCGGGCUUCCUCGCCAAGCUGUGGGCCCUGGUGGAGGACCCCAGCAGCGACGAUGUCAUCGGGUGGAGCCGGAACGGCCAAAGCUUUUGCAUUCUGGACGAGCAGAGGUUUGCCAAAGAGCUCCUCCCCAAAUACUUCAAACACAACAAUAUCUCCAGCUUCAUACGGCAGCUGAAUAUGUAUGGCUUCCGCAAAGUGAUCGCCCUGGAGAGUGGAAUGAUCAUCCAGGAGAAGAGCUCGGCGAUUGAAUUUCAGCAUCCGUUCUUCAAACAGGGGGAAGCCAGCCUUCUGGAAAACAUCAAACGCAAGGUGUCCACAGUGAGAGCGGAGGAUCUCAAAGUGUGCCCGGAAGCCUUGCAGAAAGUGCUGUCUGAGGUCCAGGGGAUGCGAGAGCAGCAGAGCAGCAUGGAUGCCAAGCUAGCCAACAUGAAGAGGGAAAAUAAAGCACUGUGGAAAGAAGUGGCAAGCCUGAGGCAGAAACACAGCCAACAGCAGCAGCUGCUGUCUAAGAUCCUCCAGUUCAUCCUGAGUUUAAUGAGAGGAAACUACAUCGUGGGAGUGAAGAGGAACAGGUCGUUACCGGAUGCUGCCGGUUCCCCGGCUUCCAAGUACAGCCGUCAGUACAUCCGGAUCCCAGUGGAGGGCGGCGAAGCGGUGGAGAUGUUGGAACACGGCACUCCGAACGGCGGGGACAGAAGCGGCGUGAUCAUCCGCGAGGUCACCAACGCUGUGGACGGCAUCCCCCAGGGACCCGCCGGUCCGGCCCAGCCAAGUGGGAGUAACGGGAACAACCGUGCGGCUCCAGUGCAGACAGACGCCCCUGUAGGGCUGGAUCUGGGAAGCCCGGGACUCCCACUUUGUGAAAUCCCUGAGGAUUCCUUCAAGGCCGGUGGGUCGGGAAGCGAAGCCCCGGAGCUGCAUUGCACGCAAGCCAGCGACUCCGAAGACCCCGCCUCGGUCAUCGACUCCAUCUUGAGCGAGAACAGUUCUUCCGCUGCCAGUGAGGCUUUACUGGACAGGGACGAGAUGCAGGAUUUUCUGAACUGCAUCGAAGCCAACCUCGAGGAGCUGCAGUCGAUGCUGUCGGGGAAGAAACUGAAUUACGGUUCCGAGGGUGUCGGUGAGGCUCUCAGUCCCGACUGUCCCGUUCUGCGGAGGAAUGAGACCGAAACGUCACCCAGAACCACAGAGGGUCUGGCCUCAAUAAAAAACGUUGAAGAAGGAGGCAUGAGUGAGUUGGGAGCAGCAGAAAACAAAGACAUGCAGCUGGUACAGUACAUCGGCAACCCGCUGCUUUCCCUGUUCGAAGAGCUGCCCGCCGGCGAAAGCGGAGAGGACCCUCAGGACACCAAAGACUUUCUCUUCCCCGAGCCGGAGAGCAAGAGGGCCCCGCCGCCUGCCGGGGGUGACCCCGACCCUCUGUCCUUAGGGUCGCUGGCCCCCCAGGAGGAGUGCGUGAGUCCCCUCGGGCCCUACGAGCUGCCCCCGCUGUCGGACGACUCCGGCGGAGAAUACAAACUGUUCCCCCUGUUGCUGCUCAGCCCGGUGGCCAGCUUCAUCGAGGAAGCCUCCGAAAUUGAACACACCACGUGAGGCCGGGGUCCACCCUCCCCUCCUCCUCCCCCACAGCCUCCCCGCCGGACGCAGGCCGGGACCCGGAAGCCGGCCGGGGAUUCUCUCCCCCGACCUCUCGGGCUCCGGAGCCUGCAGGGGCUCGGCCCGCGCCCCCCACCCUCGCUCCCUCCUCCUCCCCCCCCCAC